UCAGAGCCGUGGCCCGGCAGCUGCAGGCCAGGAUGCGCAGAGAGGCCGAGACCGGGAGGGAGGAGCCGAGCAGGCUGAGACGGACGGCACCUCCACUACCAGAGAAAUCCAGCGUUCCUGGUCUAGUAUUGCGCAGGUAAACACACUUUUACAAUUCUCUACAAUUUGCCCUCAAGUUUUCACUCGGGAGCUAAUGAUUUUAUAUUUGAAUUCAUGAUUUUUUUCUUUUAGAUAGUAGAAAGUAAGCUGCAAAUUGAAUUUCAAGAGAAACAAAAAAAGACAUUAAAUUUGAAUAAAUAUUCAAAAAGAGGUAACCAACUGAGUUAAUAUUGUGUACUUAUUCAAAUAGUAGGUCAUGUUAAAGUCCACUGCCAAGGUGAACUGUCAGAAUUCGUUGUGCUGCUCCUGCGCUUUGUGACAGGGCAUAAUGAGACUGAAGUCUUGAAAACGUUAUGAAUUCUACCUUUGUUGGUAAAGACGCCAGCAUCUUUGAAGCAGGCGCUCUGCUUGAAAAUAAAAGCGAUGUGGAGCACUUGAUUCGACUCCAGGAGCAGAAACUGCAGCUUCCCCCACCACCCCCACCACCGCAGACCCUGCCCGGGGCCCUGCAGCCAACCACACAAGUGCAAGUGCAGUCGCCACCCCCUACCACAGCAGAGCCCCCAGCUCACGGCUCCGGGCCCAGAGCCCUGUUGACAGACUCCACCUCCCACCUGCAAGGCCCAAGACUGAUGUCAGUGCUGAUGUCCCAGAUGGCCCAGGUUGCUCUGGCCACGCCUUCUGUGGUGUCUGUCCUGGCAGUUGCGGUGCUGUCAGCCAGGGUCACAGCGCCUCCAUCAACGCAACAGGAUAGCUGCAGAAAGCGGCAGGGGGCCAGACUGGUUGCGCAGCCUCUGCAUGUGCAACAGCUCCCAAAGCUGAAACACCACCAGCAGGAAAAAGCUGUGCAGCCCUCAGCCACCCCAGGCCCGCUGCACCACAGCAGAAGAUUUGCUGAGGGCGGUCACUCCCUGGCUCCGGACUCCUUGAAGUUAUCUACUGAGAAAUCUAGCAUCUAUUGUUCGAGCCUGCUAUGAACCAAACGGGCAGACUGCCAAUUACCUGACAAUCAUCCCUCCCUUUCUCGCUGUCUCUUUUACCAAUCAAUACGGAGGGCUGUGUAAAGCUCAGGGCCCUGUCCACCAGAGGCAAGGUGCCCCCGACCCCUUUUCCCAAAUAUACUCUCUUGUCUCUUGUCUUUUAUUCCCACGUUCACCCCCUUUGUUCAGUCCACCAGGGAUCAAGGGUGGUUACAAGUGGCGCCCUGAACAGCGACAGAAUCAGGCAGUUUACAGCCUGAUCCAUCUCACUGGGGUUAAAUUUCACUUUUUAUAUUUAGUUAUUACCAUGCUUAUGUUAUUUUGUAAUAUGCUUAUGUUAUUUUGACUACUUGCAUAGCAAUACUAAUUGUAAUGAUUUCUCAGUUGGGAUCAUUGUUUUUGAACACCUAGAGCCUCGUGAUCAAGUUUUGUACACAUUUCUGUUGCACAGAAGUGUAUGGGAGCUGUCAAAGGAUUCCAAGCAUAAAAUACAUUAGGACUAAGUCUGUGGGAGAACGGAAUGGGAAUACAAAAUCAGAAUAAGGAGUGUUGCAGAACUUGGGUUAUUAAAGAGCAGCUCAGUUGUGUGGCGUCGAGGUGUGGCAGGGAGUGGCAGCCCACGGAGGGUUGUGUGGCGUUGGGGUGCGGCGGGGAGCGGCAGCCCACGGAGGGUUG